GUUCGAAACUUAAUAGCUUACUUGGCAAAUCAGAUGUUAUAUACUGCCUUUGUAUACAGCCGCUGUCUUAUUUGAAAUUAGAAACAAUAUCUAUCUAUCUAUCUGUCUGUCUGUCUGUCUGUCUGUCUGUCUGUCUGUCUGUUUUUUCCCUUUCUGUCUUGCCAACUGUCGCACCCAGUACAUUUGUGUCUGAAAUCAUGUUGUUGAUUUAUAAAUUCAGUCCUUUUCCCCCAAUAUCUUACAUGCCCCUAGAAGCAAGUUCAGAAACUUCUUAGUAAUGGCAAAAAACGUUGAGCUCUUUCACAGAGUGUUCCCACUACAGUAUCUGUCAAGGCAUCCAACUGUGUCUAACAGCGGCUUCUUGCUGACGAUAUGAGUGUGAGGUGAUCUGACACUUAGACACUGAGACUGGAUGGACUCCAAUGGAAGGAAAGUUAUAGGACUGCAUGUGCAGCGCAGCGGACAGACAGCAGCACACAUUCAGACACAACGCAGAAGCUCAGGGCCGCACCUGGAACUAUUCUCCUUCACAGGUCGUCUUAGAUAUGACCUUCGGUGGUGGAGGUCACAGCAAGGCCAUCCUGAGGUCUGUGCCAGGAGUGACCUUGGUGGCUGUGGAUCGUGAUCCUGUGGCGUUCGGCUUUGCGCAGAAGCUCGCAGAGGAAUACCCGGGCCAGGUCAAGCCUGUUCUUGGACGUUUCAGUGAAUUAAAGGACCUGUUCAUCAGGCUUGGUUUAGAAAACAGAAGUGUGGAUGCUGCCUUGUUGGAUGCUGGCUGCUCAUCAAUGCAGAUGGACAUGGCAGAGAGGGGCUUUUCUCUCCGCAAGGACGGACCACUGGACAUGAGAAUGGAUGGAGACAGGUACCCCGGCAUGCCCUGCGCGGCUGACGCCGUCAGCGCUUUAGAUCAGCGGGCGCUUGCGUGUGUGCUGGCUGCGUACGGGGAGGAGCAACACGCCAAGAAAAUCGCGGCGGCAAUCGUGCAGGCACGCAGCCUGUAUCCCAUCAGCCGGACGCAGCAACUGGCCAGCAUUGUCGCAGGUGCAUUCCCAGCUAGCGCUCUUUACGCUCGCCGUGACCGCCUGCAGAGGCCCUCGCAUGUGGCCACUAAAACCUUCCAGGCGCUGCGUAUUCUUGUGAACGAUGAACUGAACGAGCUUGUAGCAGGACUCCAGACAGCUCAGGACUUCCUCCGGCCGGGCGGUCGCCUCUGCGUCCUCACGUUCCACUCGUUAGAGGACCGCAUCGCUAAGCGCUUCCUCAGAGGAGAGGAUCUCAGCGCCCCGCCACGCCGCAGCAUCCGCCAGAGGGCACGCGCCCACCUCCAGAGGAAACCAGAAGAAGAGGAUGAUGAUGAUGCAGAGGAAGAGGAAGGAGGCAGGGAGAGCGUCCACUGGGUCAGACUGCAGAGGAAAGUCGUGCUUCCCAGUAAGGAGGAGGUCGGGGAGAAUCCGAGAGGAAGAUCGGCUAAGCUUAGAGCAGCCGUGCGGCGAUAGGCAGAGCUUCUGAUCCUGAACUUUGACAGAAAAGAGAGGCUUUUUCUGAGAUUAAUAUCAGUGCAGAGUACAAACUUAGUCUGCUCUUGACAGAAGCCAAACUCUUCAAAAGUCUUCAGCUUGAAAUAGAUUUUUGCCUGGUAAAAAAAUUCAGUGGAUAAAUAACCAUAAUUUAUUGUGAAUUAAUGUGUUUUCUGUAUACAAUUGACACUUUUUAUUGUGUGUGUGUGUGUGUGUUUGUGUGUGUGUGUGGGUGGACAAAGGGUAUGACGUGCUGAGCUGUAAGCUUUUAUAAGACCUGCUAUUAUUGUAAUUGCAGUAAUGUAGGUUCAGAUCAAACCACACUAUUUUCUUUUCAGCUUCAGGCCAUAUUAUAUAAAUGGAUCUCUUUUGUCCAGGCGCAGGGGUAAUUUGCUGAUAUAACACCUGUGUAUUGCUUACUUGGCUGUGCGUUUAUGCUUAGUUGCCUUUUUCAUUUGGUAUUUCCAAAUUGGAAAUAGGACUCGGACUCGCAGGCUGCAUUGCUGCUGCACUCUGGCUUGUUUUUAUACGUAGCAAAAACAAACAAGCUACCAAACGUGAAGGAGGCAUACCGUAUAGCGCAGCCGGUUAUUCUGCCCUUAAAUUAUUGAUGUGAAAUCUAUACAUGCCAUAUGAUCAUGUUUCAUUAUGGAAAAGUCACUGUCCUGUGUGAGUGUGAAGAUGUGCUGAAGAAGAAGAAGUGUAUUUGAUGCCAGAUCUUUGCCUGUACAUAAGCUAAGCGUAAUGAUGCUGCUGUUUCCUGUAUUAACAUCAUGUUAAUACAGAUUACAGACGCUUUACCACUUGGCUUUGAGUACUAUUUGAGAAACUGCUGAUUCCCUGUGUUUUUCAGGCACGGUGGUCUCUAGAGGUUACGCACCGGUAAAAACUUGUGUACAGGACUGCUGUAGUAGAUCAAAUAAGCACUUUGUACAACCGUGUUGAGCAGAAAAGCAUCUCAGUAUGCACAAAACAUUGAACAUUGGUAUGAACAGGGCUAUGACACUAGAAGACACCGUCAGGUACGUUUACUGUACUUUUGGCAGAUGCACUUAUCCAGAACGACUUACAUUUUAAUCUAAUUUUUUUCUCAUCUGAGCAAUUGAGGGUUAAGGGUCUUGUUCAGGGGCCUGGGAUUUAAACUCAUGACCUUUUUGAUUGUUAAUCCCACACCUUAACCACUAGACUACCACAUCCUUUUCCACUCUUAGCAGCUUGACCAAAACCAUUUUUCCUAUCUUCCUAACUGUCCAGUUUGACCAAUUCCACAUCAUAUACAGUAGGUGAAAUAUAAUGGGUUGAUUUGGUAAAAUAUUUCUAUUAAACCCAAGAUAAAGUCCUGCAUUUUUUUUUUCAUCUUUAUUUCAUUUUUGUUUCAUUUUCCAUUUUCUCGUCUAUUUUUCCGGGGUCCUUUUGUCAUCCGCGAUCGUAUUACAUGCCGCUCUUAUUCGGUUCAUUUCAGCAUGACGUUAAAGACUAGGUGUUCCGGUCAUCUUGAUUCUCACACUUUUUUAAUAAACAGGAUCUUUCAGUAUCACCGUUGUCUGUUUUUCCUCCCACACCACGGACCAUGGCUACACCCUUCACCACAAUCUAAUAUCCCGUACCAGGGGCAUGUACAGUAUAUAUCGGUAUCAGGAAAAAGAUUUGAUGUCAGUGAUUUGCCAGAAUGAUUAUUUUAUUAUUUAUUUUUCACAUGUGAAGGUGAUCCAGGAGUUGCGGUGUUUAUGUAUGUGUGCUUUACACUAAUAUGUAAUCAUCUCUAGAGUUACUGCACUGUGAGGAAAAGUGAUGGAGCGAGUUUGUGAAUGAGUGCGAGGCUGAGCAGUGCAUCCACGUUGGAAGUUGGCCGUAUGACAUGUGUCACACAGAGAGAAAGAGAGAGAUGUGGAGAUUGUGUCUGCGGCAUCCUCUGUCUCUUUGUGGAGCUGAUGGGUGAGUCACACACCUGCAGGACGCGGGUGGGACUUUGGCUGCCAUGGUGAUGCACUGCGCCUUGUGCACUGUACUCACUCUCUCGCUCUCUCUCGCUCGCUCAAACUCUGAGUCACAGCAGAUCUGAUUAACUUUGCAUAAACACCGCAUUUCAAGACACCAAACACCUCUGUUUGUGUGGAAAAACAAAAAUGAAAGUGUGCCUUUAGUUCUCUGAUUAAUACGAUAAUAAUCCUUUUGUGCUCUGGGUAGAUUUGUGCAUUUUAUGUUGUUGGUCAAGUCACACGACGGACGCGGACGUAUUCCGAAAAUCGCAUUGUUAUGAAAAGUUCUUUGACUAUUUUGACUAAUAUAAAAUCCUACACUGAAUAUGAUAAAUCUGAUUCAUUGAUUAGUCUCUCAGCUUUUUUGCGGCAUGUUAGGACUCAAUUUGCCGCCUCCUCUUCAAUCUGGUUAGCACUCGAUGUCUGAAAAAUACAAUCUGCCAGAAUCCUAACUAAGUAAUAAGUGUGGAUCAAAUGUCCACUCAAGGGAGCUGACCAGCGCUAUGUUCUUGUGACGUUCAUGAGCUCUUCACAAGUGUUAAGAUGACAUUUAGAAGUGGGAGAUGGAAGCAAACAAAAAAUAAAAAGCACGUUGCCCGGCCUUGGUUCGUACUGUUCUGCUUGGCAUGAAUCAGUAGCGUGCCGAUGCUUUAAAUACUCAGUGACUCAAAACAUGGCAGUGUCUCUGCAGGAGUCUAUGACUAGUGAUGAGUGGUUUGCAAACAAAUCGAUUCUUUUCUAACAACUCUUUUAAUUAGGUUGGACAGAUUGAUUCACAAGAAAGAUCGAACACCAAAAACCUUGCCUCUGUUGUUUUUCGAGCUUUGAUUUUUUUCCUAUCAAUUCUUCAUUAUAAAUGCGGUGCUACUGGACUCUCACAAAUGUAUGUGCUUUAUUAGCUGUAAAUACGAGCUGCUAGAUAAGCAGCAUUUCUGUCUAGUGCUGUGAGUGGUGAAUAAAAUGAAUCAAAAUGAA